GAGUCAGAGGCUCAGAGCCCAGCCCAGGCCGGAGACCACUGUCCACUGCGUCUGUCUCUGUCCCGAGCUCCCGAUCCAUCCAUCUGCAUCGUGGGAACAAGAAGAACAAUGGGUAUAAUGCGAGUCGCGGACGAUGUGGAGGCCAGGUUGGUGGUCGGGGCAGGUGGCGGCGGCGGGACCGCCACCACCACGACGGAGCCGCUUCUCCGCCACUGCCACGGCGGCCGCAAGGAGGAGGACGACCAGGGGUCUAAGAUCCGGGACAGCCCGGAGGCGGAGGGGGCGUCCGACUGCGGGAGGACGGACGGAGGCUCGCUGCGGAUGGUCCUUGUCUCCACCGCCGUCGCCGUCUGCGGCUCCUUCGAGUUCGGCACCUGCGUCGGCUACUCUGCGCCGACGCAGUCAGGGAUUGUAGAGGAAGUCGGGCUAUCUAUCUCCGAGUUUGCAAUUUUUGGAUCUGUACUGACAGUCGGAGCAAUGGUUGGUGCCGUUACUAGUGGGCGCUUGGCUGAUUUUCUCGGACGAAAAAUGACCAUGCGGAUAUCAGCUACUAUUUGUAUAUUCGGUUGGCUCUCCAUACAUCUGGCCAAGAGCGCUAUCAUGCUCUACUUUGGGAGAACCUUGCUGGGUUUCAGCACUGGAGUUCUUUCUUAUGUGGUGCCUGUGUUCAUAGCUGAAAUAGCGCCAAAGAAUCUCCGCGGGGGUCUCGCAACGUCAAACCAGCUCUUGAUCUGUUCCGGAAGCUCAGCUACCUACAUCAUAGGAGCCCUGGUUGCAUGGCGCAAUUUGGUACUUGUUGGUUUAGUGCCUUGUGUCCUCUUGCUAGCUGGGCUUUUCUUCAUUCCAGAGUCGCCAAGAUGGCUGGCCAAUGUCGGAAGGGAAAAGGAAUUCCACGCCUCAUUGCAAAAGCUGCGUGGAGAGGAUGCUGACGUAUCAGAAGAGGCAAUUGAGAUCAAAGAGUAUAUUGAAUCACUCUAUAGCCUUCCAAAGGCCAGGCUUCGAGACUUAUUUCUGAGCAAAAAUAUAUAUGCAGUCAUUGUGGGCGUUGGCUUGAUGGUUUUUCAGCAACUCGGAGGGAUAAAUGGUGUUGGCUUCUAUGCAAGUUAUAUCUUCAGUUCUGCUGGAUUUUCUGGAAAACUUGGAACCAUCUUGAUUGGCAUUAUUCAGAUUCCAAUCACAUUGUUUGGGGCCAUACUCAUGGAUAGGAGUGGAAGAAGGGUUCUCCUGAUGGUCUCUGCAUCUGGAACAUUUUUGGGCUGCUUCCUCACAGGAGUAUCAUUCUAUCUGAAGGCACAAGGACUGUUCUCAGAAUGGGUUCCCACACUGGCUCUUUCCGGCAUACUGGUUUACAUCGGGGCAUACUCAAUUGGAAUGGGUCCUGUCCCUUGGGUUGUCAUGUCUGAGAUAUUCUCAAUCAACAUGAAAGCAACUGGUGGGAGCUUGGUGACCCUUGUUAGCUGGCUGGGCUCCUUCGCGAUUUCUUACUCGUUCAGCUUCCUUAUGGACUGGAGCUCUGCAGGUACCUUCUUCAUGUUCUCUUCAGCCAGCUUGAUCACUGUACUCUUCGUGGCGAAGCUGGUCCCUGAAACCAAAGGAAGGACACUAGAGGAGAUCCAGGACUCACUAAACACCAGAAGAUAGUAAUGAAUUUACUUCACACUACAGAAUAAUUAAUUCUAAGAUGGAAAAAUGGGAAUUUACAGGACACAGCAGAAUAAUUCCAAGAUGGAAAACGAAUGUACCGUCAGACCUCUGCUCAUCGAUAGAUAUGUAUACAAGAAACAAUAUAUAUAAUUCUCACGUCCUCCCGCUUCCCCUCCCUUUCUCUCCCGCACCACCUCCGUGUAAUACGUAGUGUACUGUGUACCCUAUGUAGGUUAAGGAAUGCUGCAGAUUCAGAUUACGCAUUAUGUACCGUGCCCCUCCAGAUUGUUUGAGCAUGAGCAGCGACAGAACCGACAUUAUGUUUA